CUGAAUUUGUUUUGUUUACUAGAAAUUUUUUCUUUAAAAUUUUUUAAUUUUAAUCACUUUGCAAAGCAUUUCAAUUAAUUAAAAAUGCCUCGAGCUGAAAAAGGAACUCCAAAGUACCUGGCGAAUAAGAUGAAAGCCAAGGGAUUGCAGAAAUUAAGAUGGUAUUGUCAAAUGUGUCAAAAACAAUGUAGAGAUGAAAAUGGCUUUAAAUGUCACAUUAAUACAGAAGCCCAUCAACGGCAAAUGCUUUUAUUCGGUCAGAAUACUGGAUCUUAUACUUAUCAAUUCUCAAAAGACUUCUUUGACUCUUUUAUGGAUAUCUUACGUAGACAGUUUGGUACAAAACGGAUAAAAGCUAAUAAAGUAUAUCAGCAAGUAAUUGCAGAUAAAAAUCAUGUCCAUAUGAACUCAACAAGAUGGCAUACACUUACUGGAUUUAUUCAAUGGCUUGGAAAAAGUGGAAUCUGCAUUGUUGAUUUAAUCGAGGAUGAAUGGUUUAUAACAUACAUCGAUAGAGAUCCAGAGACUCUUGAAAGGCAGAAAAAGGCUGAUAAAAAGAAAAAAAUGGAUAAGGAUGAUGAAGAACGAUUAUUGGAUUUUAUUGAUCAACAAGUUGAACGUGAUAAGGCACGGAAAGAAAUUGAAGCCGACGAUGAGGAUAACAUAAAAUGCUCAGAAUUAAUAAGAGAAAAUGAGGAAGAAAAAAUUAAGCUAGACUUGAAAAUUUUUAAGAAACCAGCAAUUCCUUCACUUCUGCCACCAAAAAAGAUACAGAAAAUUGAUACAUCAGAUACAGUCAGUGAAAAGUCCUAUAAAAGUUCCUCAUCGUCAUCGUCAUCGAUAUCUAAGCUUUCAGAAAGAAAUAAGAAGUCAGCGCUUGACGAAAUCAUGGAGCAAGAAGAACAACACAAAGAAAAGAAAAAUAGAAAAGAUUAUUGGCUUGCAGAAGGGAUUGUAGUUAAAAUCAUUACAAAAUCACUAGGAACAGAGUACUACAAAGAAAAAGCCGUAGUGAAAGAAGUCAUUGACAAAUAUUUAGCUAAAGUUAAGCUUAUUGAAACAGGCGAAAAGUUUAAACUUGACCAAGAACAUCUUGAAACAGUCAUUCCAAAAGUCGAUGGUCGUUUAAGAGUUUUAAAUGGUGCCUAUCGAGAUGGUAUUGCAAUUUUGAAAAGCAUUGAAACAUCAAAGUUUAGUUGUACAAUUGAAAUUGAAAAAGGACCGUUUAAAGGACGAAUUGUUAGUGGAGUUCCAUAUGAGGAUGUCUCAAAAAUCUAUGAGCAAAGUUAGUUCUUUUAAAUUUAUAAAUUACGA